ACGGAGGGAGGCGAGCGCGGUGGUUGUUGGGCCAUGGCGUCGCUAUCGCCGCGCUGCUUUUUCAGCCUUUCCAUUUCGUCUCGGGUCGUCUUCUACGCCUUUUCCAGUUGCUCGUCUUUGUCUUGGGUGGGACGCCAGACCCGACCGUCUGCGUGCUCGCCGGCUGGCCGUUGCUGACACGCACUCGUUUUUAUUUUAUUUAUUGUGUGUGUGUGUGUGUGUUCCCACUCCUCUUGUGUACCCCACAGCGUCCUCUCGCGUACGCGGUUUUGUUUUUGGUGCUCAUCGUGAUCACAGGAAAUCCAUCGUGAGUCUUAGUGUUGUUGUUCGUUUGUUCGUUUGCAUUGUAAGCUCUUUCUCGCCAUUGAGGUUUGUUGUCUGAGCGUGGGAGUGUUGUUGCCGUUUGUGGGGUUGUCCGACUGUGGAUCCUUAUCGUGGCAUUCCGUGCGGUGUUGGGUUUCUUGGUAUUCUAUUAAAAAGGCAGGUUGUCAGCGUGUGCCCGCGGCAAUCUGCUCUCGGGAAGCGUUAUUUAAUUUGCUGGGUACGGUGAGUCACCGUCCGAUUUUCGGUGGCAAGAGCCGUUUCUGAUCCUUUUUCUUCUUCUUCGUAGCUAUCCUCGAGCUCGGGUUGAAAGCAGCGGGGCGUGUUGACAAUAGAUUGGUGACGAAUUCUGACGAUUGAUUUUAGUUGGAGGAAGGAAAUGGCGGUCUGGAAGGAUCAGAGCCACAUCUUGAUGUUUCAUUGGUGAUGAGAACUUUCUUGUGGAUUAAAACAACGGUGCCUCAUACAGGAAUUGUUUUGCUUAGUGUGGAGCGCUGCUUCUGUGAACUAAAGACCUUCUGAGUGGUCUUCUGGGUAAAUCAGGGCUAGGAUUUGGAAGGUUACAUCUCUCAGAUUUAUGAGUUGAAUCGAGGGAGCUAAGUGUAAACUAUUGUGCCAUUUUAGCUUAUGGUCUAUUCUUGAGAUCGCAGUUUUGAACUGCUAGACGACCUCUUUGUCGACUUCGGCAAUUAAGCCAAUACAUGUUCAUCAGAGCCAGAGACAAGAUGAAUCACUGUUAACAGCAGUGAGUGGCAAUUAGCAUAGGGAGGAGCUAUGGAUUUAAGAGAAUGGAAGCUUGCGAGACAAGAAGCUUUAUUGAUGGGGAAGGAGACGGAGGCGAAGAAAUUGGCAUGGAGCAACUUUCCCAAGGACCUGAUGGUGGGGGCGGUGAUGGGCGGGAUGGCGCACACCGUUGUCGCCCCGGUAGAGAGGGCUAAGCUGCUCUUACAAACCCAGGACAGCAACAUGGUUGUCAUGGAUGGUAAGCACCCGCGCUAUAAAGGCCUUUUGGAUUGUAUCACGAGGAUCGCCAAAAAUGAGGGCGUCCUGUCAUUAUGGCGCGGCAACGUCAGCAGCGUGCUUCGUUACUAUCCCUCUCUCAUCAUCAAUUUUGCUUUCAAGGACUUUUAUCGAGUGUUAUUGACCUCCGGUCGAUCUAAGGAUGGGGGCACGUUGAGCAACGCCCCGGCCAAUUUCCUCGCAGGUGCGAUGGCUGGUUGCACGAGCCUGGUCUUCGUCUACCCACUCGACAUUGCACAUACACGCAUUGCAGCCGACAUCGGCCGUGGAAGCAACCGACAAUUCCAAGGCCUCACUGAUUUCCUGCAAAAUAUCUACCGGAAGGAUGGAAUUCGGGGCGUCUAUCGAGGAUUUCCCGCGUCUGUUCAUGGCAUGGUAGUACAUCGAAGCGUCUACUUCGGCGGGUUUGAUACCAUGAAAGAGCACCUUUCACAAAACACAUAUUUAUCCUUCUGGAAGCGAUGGAUGAUAGCUCAGGGAGUCACCACAUCUGCCGGUCUCAUCUCCUACCCUCUCGAUACUGUGAGACGACGAAUGAUGAUGCAGGCGGGCCUUGAGAAGAACAUUUACAACAGUACGUUGGAUUGUUGGAAGAAAGUCUACCGUAACGAGGGAGUCAUGGCUUUCUACAAAGGUGCGGUAACAAACUUGCUUCGAGGAACGGGGGCGGCUAUUAUUCUUGUCUUAUACGACGAAGUCCGAAACUACAUGCACUGGACUGGCUCCGGGAUGGCGGAGCAUCGCCGUGGGUAGUCCGGUAUCCACAUUUGAGUUGAUGGAUAGCGUUGAAGAGCUCUUGCUGCGGUCUUCCUUGCUAGAAUAUCUGUGGUUUCCACAUUAGCUUCAAAUGAUGGAUGUUCUGAGCCAAAUUUUAUCAGAAGACUGCACAAAAAGGCGUCGAAGUGCCUGAGCAAGAUAUGCCAGGUAAAUAUUCGGAGUUCGUGCAUGAUUCUUUUGAAAAUUCCGUAUUGAAACUCGGUCAUCUGGAACAUUCUCUUUAUAUUUGAAGGCAAUUUUGAAGGCACUUCUCCCAUUACUGUUAGAGAGAUGAUUUUGGGUAAGAGUGAAGGAAGCAAAAUUAGGUUCAAUUCUUUUUAAGGGUAGUGGUAUGUAGCGUGGUAUGCUCCGACAGAUCAUUUGGUUCAUGAUAUAUAACCCAGAGGGUUAUGUACCAAAGACUUGCACUGUGAUCUCCAAUUUUCAAGAUGAAUUCAUUUUUUACGAUGUGAAGGGCCCCAGAAAGGGCCUACUAUAUUCAUUUAUUGCA